CCCAAGAUCGCACUUAUUUGAAAAACAAAAGUCGCACUUCGUUUUCCUACAAGGGGAUCUUCGUUCUCAUCAGACCAAAUUAUAGACAACAAAGGGAAAACCCAAACCCAAACCCAACCUAAAAUCGAUCCCAGCCCAGAUACCCUCCAUUGAAUUUUUCGUUUCUUUGCAAUUAUGUUUCCAAUUUCUGAGAUCUCUGUAAUUUUCACAAUUAGGUUUCGAUUCUGUUGAAACCGAGCUCUCGCGAAUCGUCUCAAUUAGGUUUUGAUUUUGUUCAAACCAAGCUCCGGCGAAUUGUGUCCCCCCGCGAACAGCUCAAAAUCGCCUUCGAUCCGCUCCAUUACCAGAUCAGAACUGGUUUGUUCGAGUUCUUAUAACAACACUCCUGCUUAACUGCUCGGCGGUUAGAAUUCAGUGGAAAUCAAUGAGCAUACACGAUAGUUGGACCUCAAACAUCUAAAAUUUCUGUUUCCAGAGAAUCAAAAGCUAAGAAAGUUGGCAAACGCGCCUGAAGGAAAGCACGCAAGAAACAUUGCAACAUUCCACUGAAAGUCCGACUUGGAAAACUAAGCUGAAGCACAUCGUCCGCCGCAAGUUACCGUCCUCCGCCGUACGCCGCCUUCAGCCGUCAUCAAAUCGUCGUCCGGCUAAAACAAGAACUACUGUAGUUUCUAUGGUCUGAGGAAAAAAUGACGAGCGUUCAUAUGGCAGCAGUUCAGCCGCCCAAGAAGGUCGAUAACCAAUCAGCAUCGUCCACCGCCAGCUGGCAGUCUUCGGCUCCAAAGUUCAAACGUUGGGGCAGAAGAUCUCCGUUUAUUAGAUACGGUCUUCCGAUGAUUUCACUCACUGUGUUUGGAGCUCUAGGACUUGGCCAUCUACUUCAAGGAAGCAAGGAUAUUGCAAAAGUGAAGGAUGAUCAAGAGUGGGAGAUUAUCGAGACAAGAAAAGCACUGUCCAGAACAGGACCCGUGGAUGCCUACAAACCGAAAAAUAUUUCUCUCGAGGAAGAGCUUAAGGCUCUGCAACGAAAGGUCGACAUAGAAAAUUACGAAUACAAGAAAAUUCCCAAGCUGAAUGAAGGUAAAUGAAGCUAAGAUUUACGUCUCUUACUUGUUUCUUUGUGACAUAUAGAGAGAAUAAGCUCAUCUCAUAUGCAUUUCUUGCAUUGGUUUUCGGUUUCGUGAGUAGCUUGAAACAUUAGUUAUUCAAUUUUGGCUGUUGUAACAAGAAAUUGAUUACACAUUUGGUCAAUCUGUACUUGUUUUCACUCAAACAAAAUGGUGAUAUUUUGUUUCAAUUCCGUUUCCAAAAUGUCGAAGAACUUGAAAUAUCAGUAAGAGUGUUGAGUCGAGCUCGCUCGAGGCUGUUUUUUUUCAGAGCUCAUUCUCA